AUGCUGUUCUUUCGUGAGAAUACCGAAUUGUGGAAGAAAAUAAACAACCGCACAACGAUUGCGAUGCUGUUGAUUUCUUGGCUCAGAAUGUUUAAGUACGCGAGACCGUUUGAAAAUGCCGGUAUGUAUUAUUCACCCCCACAGAGGUUUUGAUGGCAUGGCGUUGAGUCCAUAUUUCUUUCACUUCUAUCAUAGGCGAACGGCAGGGAAAAAUUAGGGGGGAAAUUAGCCCGAUAUUUUUACAUUUUGCGCAACGUAUCAAAAAUCAUUUCCAUGCUAAACUUCCAAAAAUUCUUUACAUACUUCUUUCGACUAUUGUCUUAGAUAUUUCUCUUGCCUUUCAAUUUAUUUCCCACAUCUUUCUACCCAACUUACGUUUAAAUUUGUCCAACUUCAAUUUCUCUGUUCCUCAGUUGCCUCCCUCCCCCCCCCCCACCAGAUUUUACAAAGAAAAACAUUUCUCUUCGUUGCUACCCCCCCCCCCUGCCCAGCCCGCCAAAAAUAUUGCCCGGUCCUUAGUUUUCAUUUUAUAUUUCACGUUUCCAAUACGUUGUUUCAGGUCCAUUUGUGGUGAUCUUCAGUAACGUCGUGGGAGACAUUUUGAAAUGGUUUGUUUUGAACGCGAUCAUAAUUAUUCCCUUUGCUUGCGCAUUCUGGAUCGAAUUUGGAUUUAAUUCCACGACCCCGGCGGAGGGCUACACCGACGUAUCGUCCCUGCUAUAUAACAUCUUCCAAAUAACGAUUGUUGGAGACUACGGCUGGAAAGAACUAAAGGGAGCUAACGAAAAUAUGGCGCGCAUAUUAUGCGGAAGUUUCAUCCUUGUCGCGGGCAUUAUCACGCUAAACCUGCUGAUCGCGCUCGUUUCGAACACGUUCGAACGUCACUACGAAAACGCGGUUGCGAACGCGGUUAUGCAACGCGCGAGCACGAUUGUGUUGCUUCAAUCACGAAUGGGACCAAAGAAACGCAAACGGUACUACGAGUUCAUCAAAACCAACGCAAGUCCGCAAAUUGUUCAAGCGAAAUACGGUGGACUCAUGACGGCAUGCCCCGAAGAGAGAGCGACGAUCGAACGAGUGUACGACGACAUACGGCAGAUUAAAAGCGUUCUAGCUGAGCGGUUUGGACGGCGUUACGGGAAGGGGAAUAAAUCUGAUAUGGAAAUUGUCCGCGAGGAUUUGGGGAAAGUUAAGAGGUCCGGAAAGGAAUUGGCGAGAGAUGUUAAGAAUGUCAAGUUGAUAUUGCGCGGUCGAAGUGAUCUGUGUCGAAUGAGCGGCGUACCCAGGGGCAAAAAAGAUGAUAACGACAGCGACGAAGAGACAAGUAAAAAUAAUUACAAUGAAAAUAAGAACUACGCCAACAGCAAGAAUAAGAACAACAAUAACGACAACAAGAACAGCAGCAAGAAUAACAACAACAACAACAAUAACGACAACAACAACAACAACAAUGAUGACGACAGCAACAAUCCAUUUACCCCUAACCGACCAAGAACAACCAGGAAGCGAAAUCGGUCCCGAAGAUCGAAGAAGCCCGACACUAGUACUUCUGAGGCAUCCGACUUUGAUGACGCAAGCAUAACCGGCCUUCCUGAAACACAUUUUCCAAAAGCACGUGAUUAUCAGGAGGCGGUUUAUUGGCCAAGAAGAAAGAAAGAGCCAUCCAAUGGUCACAGCAAACUCAAACGUGCUGGAGGAGAGGAUUGGCAAAAAGGUAAAUUGAGAUUCUAAUGUAUUCCCAGUGUCGUUUCGAUUUAAGCUUGAAUGAUGAUAAUUACUUCACAAAUCUCUUCUUGACCGGAAGCCUUAUUUCCACGAGUCGUGAGCGAAUUGCGUUUCGUCUUUUCUUUUUGAAAGUAGUUGGUGCUGUGCAAACUCCGGUUUUUCAGCUCUGACAUCGGCUGCUUCAUAGCCCAAAUCUUCGGUUCCAAUUCCGGGGAUACUGAAGUCUUCAACAGAGUAAUGGCGGGUAUUAUUCGGCCUAAUUUUGUCCCCAACGUAAGAUCACGUGAUGCAGCGUAUCAAAGCAUGACGCUAGCAAUUUACAACCUCUCCUGUGAUAGACAAAUCACAGACACAAUGACACAACAGAUAUGACUUCAGAUUAUAUGUUCUGUUAUUAUUUGUAACCAACGCUAAUUCUUCGAAAUUGUCACCUUUUUUUUGUCAUUCUGACUUCCCAGCCAGGAUGUUUGAUUCGCUUGAACGGGAUUUUACUUUUUAGGCGAGUAUAAUCAAUGGUCAUCGUACGAACAUUAUGGAGAGCCACAUCUCCAAUAUUUUUCACCAAGAUCAGAACGUAGAUACGUCGAACCACAAUACGGACACCACCACUCCGAUCACAACAGCAGUGUUCCCCUAAUGUACCAAACCCCGCCGGCUACCCCUUAUUACACCGAUAUGUCCCGCCAGAGGCGAAACCUGCGAGGAAGGCUCAGCUUACAACCUACACAGCCUCCAGCCAGUGUCUUUCAAUCACCACCCGAAAUUCAGGAAAGACGUCACACCUAUGGAUAUUCGAGCCGUCCAAAUGAAUACAAUGACCGGCAUAGUCGUGGGAGGUUGUCUCAGCCCCAAGAAUAUAUGACCCAACCUGAUGAAUUCAACGACCGGCUACGAGGAAGGCUCAGUUCGCAACCUACACAGCCUCCAGCCUGUGUCGUUCAACCACCACCCGGAAUUCAGGCAAGGCGUCACACUCAAGAAUAUUCUAGCCAGCAAAGUGAAUACAGGACGUCUCGGUCCCAAGAAUAUUUGAGCCAGCCAAUUGAUGUCAGUGGCCAGCAUGGAUACGGGAGGUUGUCUUGGGCAAAUGUGGGUCAACGAAGUGAUCAGGGAUCUCAGUACUCGGACCCAGACUUCCAUCAACCAACUGAGCGAAAGCAACGUGGCCGCGCAAUGACGGGAUCUGAGGUAUUAUAAUUUUAAGCCUUUCACCUUUGCGUGAAUAAGUUUUCUUUCAGUGACAUCGAAAUCCUAAAAUGGUCCGGUAAACAAACUUUAAUUGGAUUUUUUUAUUUGAAGCCUAUGCCAUAGAUGAAUUGCGAAUUAGUUUUCCUUUGUAUAUGCUGCUAAAAAUUCAUUUGUUGACAUGAUAUCCAGAGACUUAAUUGACAGCUAUAAAGAUAUGGAAACAUAUUUUAUUUCUUCCAAAUUUACAAGUAACCAGCUCUCAUUAAAAUACUAGGCAACCCGGCUACCAUUAUGGUACAAAGGAUUAAAACUAUAGAUUUAAAAAUUUACAAACUAUAUUGAACAGUGUUGUAAAAGUACUACAUGCAGGAAUACUAAUGCAAUACUAAUUUAAAAUACUACGUAAAGAACCAACGUGUUUACAAGUUAUAGGACAGUGUCAUUUGAAAUACUAUAGUCUAGAUGCACAUGAUAACAUGAAAUCUACCAAUAUAAGAGUUCUGGCCAGGUUCAUUGUCUGUUUCUAGAAUAAAAUAUAUUAUAACUUGUCCUUGUGCAACAACCAAUUAGUUUUCUAACUGAUGUAUUUUCUUUACAGAUCGUUUAGCAGUGGCGGAAAUCUUGGUGGGGCAGGGGGGGGCGGCCGCCCCCCCCCCUCCCCACCUUCACGGAAAAUUGACGAAUUUUCGGAAAUUUUGACCUAAAAGAGGGCUAAAAACAGUCUUUUCGAGUGCAAAUGGGGGGGGUAUGUCGGAAAUUUGAGAGUUUUGUCGGAAAUUUAGGAGGCUUUGCCCCCCCCCCACCCCCGAAAAAAGUGAAUUUCCGCCACUGUCGUUUAGCAUUACCUUGCGGCCUAAGAAGUUAUGAAGCAUACACCAAUAGCACCAAUGCACAAGUUAAAAUAUUUUACUUUAUUAAAUCGUUCCCUCAAAAGGUUACAGGGAUCGUGGUAUCGUUCUCUUUUCCUUAAACAAUUUUUUGCCAUACUAGUUUCGAAGCCGAUGAUCAAUUCAAUAACACAAAGUCUGGUCGUCAUUACAGCCUGAUUAUCAUGAUUAUCAAAACCCGUUCGGAAAGAGAUACUUCUAACUGGUCGUCGAUGUGAACUAGUGUAUGAUGAUAGAUGAUCGUCAAUUCUCUCUGUGUAUAUUUGAGCUUUCCCUCACAUCGCCACGAGUAUCUUUCAAGACUUUUGAAAUCCACAUUACAAAAGGAACACGCAACCAAGGCACAGAACCAAAGUAGAAUUGUAGAAAUGCUGUUUUUAUUCUCGUUAGGAACACCGCCGUUGUAAAGAUUGAUAAUUUGAUAGUUUGACACACACAAUAAGAAAGUUAAGAUAUAAUUCAACAGAUUUCUGCUUCUUGAACCGGUUAAAAUUGAGGAAACAUUUGGGGCCUGAAGGAGCAUCGUGGACACGUCCGCUUAUACUCCCUCGAGGACGUAACAAUCAUAAUAAUAAUUUUAAUAUUAAUAAUAAUGGUAAUUAUAAUGAUAUAACGAUAACGGUAAUAAUAAUGUAAACUUUAUUUAUUGAUUAUUAGGAUAUAUACAACUACAAUGAUAAAGCUUGCUUUACAGGUAGUUUAUCAAUGUCUACUUGAAUUGAUACUAUAUAUAUUUAUCAUACAAUAAUUAUUUUUACUAAAGGAUUUAUAUUGACAUUAGUUUUGGGUUAUCCCACUCUUUUUGGUUAUAAUAAUAAUAAUAAUAAUAAUAAUAAUAAUAAUAAUAAUGAAAACUUUAUUAAUUAAUAUAACAUUUAUAGAUAUAUACAAUUGUAUAAUAAUAAUAAUAACUAAUAAUAUUAAUAAUAAUAAUAAUAAUAAUAAUGGAAACUUUAUUAUAUGGAUAUUUAGAAGAUGUGUUUCUUCAAUAAGAGACCUCGCUACUUAGUACGCAAAAUUUUGCUUUCAAACUAUAUAAAUGUUUAUUUGAUAACAACUCCAAGUAAUUUCCGAUUAUCAGUAUUUUCCAGUUGAAUUCCAUUAAAUUCUAUAUGUAGGUCUGAAUUUAAUGUGGCUACACAUUGUCAUUGAUAAGUUGAUAUUGUCAUUGCUCAACCGUGGACUAGAGUAUACUGCUGCCUAUUUACCUAAAUGUAAUAUUUAAAUGGGGAUGAUAUAUAAAUCAUGAUAAAGAGGAAAGCACACCACAUCGUAAAAUUAACAGCUUUCCAAAUAAUUACUUGCCAAUUUUUUCACUUUCCAAAUGUGGACAUAGCCUAAUUAUCAAACGAAGACAAGUUUUUUUCUCAUUAAAAUUAUGUCGUCAGAAUCCUUUCACCUCUGAGAUAUCGUGGGUCGGAUUCUCGCUACGGACUCAUGUGAAAAGAGUCAGUCAACGCUCUGCCUAAAGUCGCGGGUUUUCUGCGAGUGCUCCGGUUUCCUCCCACAGGGAAAGUUGACAGGGUGGGUUAGGAUAAACAUAGUUAUAGGAAAGUAUUAUCACAACAAGGGUGGGUUGACAACAAAAUUUUUGUAGUUCGCUAUAACUACAGCUACUUCAAAAAUAUGUAGUCAGCUACAACUACUGCUACUACUUAACAAAGGUAGUUCGCUACUGACUACAGCUACUGCUUAAAAAAUGUAACGAACUAUUUCGCUAUUUCGCUACUCUAAAUUUUUUAGUUUUAUGGUAUUUGGAGCAUCCACUAGCUCAGGCUGUAAUACAACCUAUAACAAAUCGACUUACGAGUAGCAACAGUAAACAAGAAGGGUCAAAGCAACAUUUCUGUAAGCACUACAGUGUUCAGGAGUGCCACUUUUCAUUGCGCUAAAAUAAUCUUUACUGUGUAAAAUAAUCUUUUAAGCAAACCGUGUCUUAAUAUCAUCCUAUUCUAUGAACGUUGCUAACAAUUUUAAAAAGUAGCGAAUAGCGAUUCGCUGUUUGAAAAGUAGUCAACUACUUGGCUACUUUUAGGCAAAUUGUAGUUCGCUAUAACUACAACUACUGUUUUAAAAAAGUAGUCAAAAACUACUGGCUACUUGAAAAUUGUAGUUCGCUACAGUAGCGAACUACAACUACUUCGCUACUACCCACCCUUGUAUCACAAUGAAUCGAUCCCAGCUACGGACGAAAUUUUGACUUAGACAAUUACAUGAUUAAUGUAUUACGCGCGGUAAAAAUAACCACUUUCGGCUCAAAAAUGGUUAUUUUUCUCGCGAGUAAUGCAAAUAUAUACAAAAUUUGCGAACUUCACAGGGCUGUAUUUUCUUCAUUUUACAACAUUUAGCAACCAAUCUUUGCAGUUUUACGCAUCCUAAGACGCUCUUUCUAGCUGUGGUGUUGGAUUUCGUUAUUCUUGCCUUGAUCAAAAUUUAGUCUGUAGCUAGAAUCACUCAUUGUUGUGAAAGAUAAAUAAUCUAAGUGUGUAACAGAAGUGAGCGUAAUACUUGAUGUUAUCGGUCACUGAAAAGCCCCAAUGAAGUGAACUGAAUAAUGUAUAACUGUAUGUAUUUGAAAGACUUGCAAUGGAACUUUUUAGGCCAGGAGCUCUGGUGGUGAAGUAGCGGAAAAGCAAGGCGAAGGAGAAAUGUGGAAUCAAAAACAACAAGAAUCCAUAUCCAGAGAGAUGUCAGAGAUUCGUCAUUUUAGUACAACUGGAGAAGAUGGAAUGCGAAGUGAGAAUCAAGAUACGAAAGCCGAGGGCGAAAGUAAAUGCUAA